AUGGGAACAAGGUUCAAGAACAAUGAUCUCUUCAUGUUAUUCGCUCUUAUAAUUUCCUCCGCCAUUGUCGCUCAAUCUGAUGAUUGCGUAUAUACGGUAUACGUGAAGACUGGAUCGAUAGUGAAGGGAGGAACCGACUCGAUCAUCAGCCUAACCCUGUACGAUGCAGAGGGUGAUUUCGUUAAGAUAUCGAAUCUGAAGAAUUGGGGAGGUUUGAUGGGAAAAGGGCACGAUUACUUCGAAAGAGGGAACCUCGAUAUCUUUAGCGGCAGAGGUAGAUGUUUAGCGACGCCAGUGUGUGCAAUGAAACUUACAUCGGAUGGAAUAGGGGAUCACCAUGGCUGGUACUGCAACUACGUGAAGGUCACGUCGACGGGUCCACACAUUCAUUGCACGCAGCGGCUCUUCACGGUGGAGCAAUGGAUCGCUCUUGACGCACCUCCUUAUGAGCUGACCGCUAUCAGGAAUUACUGCCCUUACGAUCUUCACAGCAUCGAAAAGAAGCAUCGGCAGCAGAAGCAGCAGUUAUCUUCCGAUUUGAGUGUGGUGUAG